ACGCAAUCGCCAUUAAUUGGUCAACUUCUUCUUCAUCUUCUUCUUCACUGCGCCUGUUCGUUCACUGACAAUUCCGAGAGAGAGAGAGAGAGAGAGAGAUGGAAUCUACGGGGGUCGCUAGCCCAGUGAUCAAGGUCGCGGCAAUCUGCGGGUCAAUUCGAAAGGCUUCUUCCAAUCGAGGCCUCAUUCGUUCCGCGAUCGAGAUAUGUGAGGAAUCGGUGAAGGGGAUGCAAAUAGAGCUGAUCGACGUGUCGCCGCUUCCGAUGAUAAACACGGACCUCGAAGUCAACGGCAGGUUCCCGCCGGCAGUCGAGGCUUUUCGCCAGAAGGUUCUAGCAGCAGACAGCAUCCUCUUUGCUUCCCCUGAGUAUAACUACUCCAUCACUCCACCUUUGAAGAAUGCAAUCGACUGGGCAUCUAGACCACCAAAUGUUUGGGCCGAUAAGGCAGCUGCCAUUGUGAGCUCGGCAGGAGGUUCUGGUGGGAGACGAGCGCAGCAUCAUCUCCGUCAAAUUGGAGUCUUUGUCGAUCUUCAUUUCAUCAACAAGCCUGAAUUCUCCAUAAACGGACACGAACUGCCCACGAAAUUCGACAGUGAGGGGAACUUGGUUGAUCCAGAGACUAAGGAGAGACUCAAGAAAGUUCUUCAAGCACUGCAGGCAUUUACAUUGCGACUGCAGGGUCGAUGAUGCAGGACUCAUUAAGAACAUAAGUACUGUGCAUCAUUGGUAUAUUAUUUUAUUCAGUGAUAUUGAGGACAUGAAAUCAAUUUCUUUACGAUGAACACCAAUUUCAUAAAAGCAAGGGCUGUAGUAGUAAAUAAACAUUCCUCCGAGGAAACAGGCCAGUGGCUUAAAGGCAAUACAAUGUAUUGGAUUCUGGUUUGUGGACUAAAUAUUCAACGACUGACAUCUCCAGUGGGUUU